AAUGUUCGGUACAGAUGGCAGAUGUUUUCGUUGGAGGUGUCCGUUUAUAGUUCAAGAGAAAUAGUGGCUGAAAAUCGGGUUCAUUCUCGAUUUAUUUACGCGCCUAAUCGUCAGCUUUUCUCCUUUAAAAUAGGUUCAGUGGAUUUGUUGAAUCCUGUAGAAUGUGAAUCUUUAAUAAUAUUUGGAAUUUAAUUGAUUUCGAUGCUUUCCGAGAUCGUUUUAGUCCAAGUUCCUCCAGCUGCUUUAUACAAAGUGGCUUGGAAACCAUUUUGGAUGACUACGAACAUGUAGUAUUUUUGCGAAAUCCAGUCGGUAUAAUUUAUAUUUUAUGAAUUAGAUAAGUAAAGUGAUACCGUGGAAUACAUAUUUUUUAAAAAGGUUAUUGGUUUUACUGGGCCAUUGUUCCGGGUGUAUCGUUUGAAAUAAACGGUAAUUUGGAAUUGAAAACACGUUUCAAUGUUGAAAAAGUUUUAAUUAAACAAUGAAGAGGAUAAUUCGUAGACAUGAAAGCCCAAGAGGUUAUAAAAUAGUGCCCUCCACUCCUGAUAUGAACAUUAUAAAGCAGGAAGUGAAAGACGAAUUUAGCCCUAGCAUUAAAAGUGAAUUCACUCCAAGUCCUCAUUUAUUAGAUCACGGUUAUGGUGCCACCCCUCAGAAUCAGGUUAUCUCAUCGAAUAUACCAUGUGCAGCACCUCCUGUUAAAAGAAAACUCAAUUUAGAAUCGCAACACUAUAUAGUACCUUACAAACAUGAAUUCAAAGCUCCACCUCCCAAAAAGCCAAAGAAACAGACACCGGUGAAACAGAAUACCAGGUACUACACUUCGUUAGGACUCUUAACUAAAAAAUUUUCUAUCUUACUGGAAACUUCCCCAAAUGGUGUUGUAGAUCUGAACAAAGCUUCACAGGAUUUAAAGGUACAAAAACGAAGGAUAUACGACAUUACGAAUGUGUUAGAAGGAAUAGGUAUAGUUGAGAAAAAGUCAAAAAACAAUAUUCAAUGGAAAGGUGGUAGUUUUAAGGGAAACAGUUAUGGUAAACUCUAUUCAGAGUUGAAAGAAUUGGAAAAUCAAGAAAAUGCUUUAGAUAAAAUGAUACAAUCUGCAGAAACUGAAUUGAGAAAUUUAAAUGAUGAUAAAUAUGGUUAUGUUACGUAUCAAGAUUUGAGAUCUAUAUCGAAAUUUAAACAUAAAACGGUGAUGGCCAUCAAAGCACCACCGAAUACUCAACUGCAAGUACCUACAGAAUCUGAAGAGAAAUAUUGCAUCUUGAUGAAGAGUACAAGUGAUGAAAUAGAAGUAUUCCUGUGUCCAGAGAAUGUGACGCACCAUAAACCUAAGCCUGUGCCUCCUAUAGAUCCAGUUUUGAAAGAUAUUAAGCUUAGUCCUGGACUAUUCAAUAUUCUCACGCCACCAGUUCCUCUUCUUGAAAGUCCUUCUCUGCAUAAACCCAUUUCUUCUCAGGUAUGUCGAAGCCUGUCCUUCACUAAGGAUUCUGAUGCAAGUUCAUCAAAAUCUUCAGCACAAAAACAACUGAAGUUCAGUCCAGCAAAUUCGGAAACGACUUCUUCUAGUUUGACCUUUUCUCCUCUUAAUUUAUCUCCCAUAAUGGGUAGUUUGGAAAGUUAUGCCUCAACUUCAAGAGCUCAGACUGAUACCACACAGUUUAUGAAUAGUUCUGGGGAUAAUCAUAUGAUUCCCCAGAUAAUUCAACAAAAUGAAUUACCACAAACCGGAUUGGUGGAUCCUUUGUUGUGUGCCGAGCCUUUUGUACCUUUGGAAACGUUUAUACAGACAGAUUAUAACUUCAGUAUGGACCCAUCAGAGGGAUUAGCAGAUCUCUUUGAUUUCUUAUAGGAAAUAAAAAAUUUCCAUUGAAUUUUGCUCAUGUACAAAUAUUUUUACUUUUAGAGAUCAAUCAUUUUUUCAGUGAUAAUCACAAUUUUUUGUGUAUUCUUGCACCUCUAAUUGAGAUUCCAAUGAGCUUGUCAUGAAAAGAAUGUACAAAAAACAGCACAAGCAACCUCAAACUUGUGAGAUUAAUUUGCUGUAUUUGACAAGUUUUUAUAACUGACAUUGGUGCUGAGUCAGUUGAAUAACUCACCUAGCCUAAAGAAUAUUUAUUCAAGUACAAAGUGCACUUAUUGCAAAUAAUCUCUAAACAUUCGUAAUUGAUUUUGUUGUUUCCUUAUGAAUGUAUUUGGAUUACUGUGGCAAUUAGAAGGGACUGAAUAUUUUUUGGAGAAUGUAGAACAUAUUUCUUGGAAUUAUGAUUCCAAAAGCUGAAGACCAUCCAAGAAAUUUUAUGAAGGGUCAUUAUGCACAAAUAAUAAGAUUGAAAUGAUGUCCUUAAUAUUUUUAUAUAUUUAUAUAUUUGUAUUUGUAUAAUAUUAUCGGUACUUCAACCAUCGGUGCUUUCAGUUACUCAAUUCAAUAUAGUGAGAUAUUUUUACACUAAUAUUCUUGGUGUUUACAUCUUCGAAAUUUGAAAACUUCAAAAAAGAAGAAAUUUUUCAAGUGGUCUAUUGAAUUUUUCAUUUUAUAUUUUGUUCAAUUUUUGGAAUAACACAUUCACAGAUUUUCAUUCAUCCUUGUGUUUUUAACAUUUUCUCACUGAAUAUAUUUUUGCAUUAGGGAAAAUCUGUUUUGUCAUCUUUGAAACCUAAUUAUUAAUUUUUUUAUCUUUCUCUUAUAAAAAACAUUAUCUUUUCUAUAAAAUAUUAAAAAAGGAGAAAUAGUGAACAAGUUUGAGGAACAGCCUGAUAUUUAUGGUUUAAAAACUAUAUUCGAUAAAACCAAUUUUUUUUUUUCAUUUAAUAGGCUAGAGGUUUUAUAUGUAAUUUUCAUUUGUGUUAACCUGACUCGUAUUUUCAUUCGAGUAGAUAUGUUGCAUAUCCAAAAAUUAAAUCGCUUGUGAAAUAUCACUGAAAAUUCGAUGAAUAUCUUUAUCUCGAUGAUUUCAUAUAAUAUUUAUAUUUAUUUUUUAUUAUAGAGAGGGAAAGCAAACUGUAUAAAAUUUAUACAAGUAUUAAAAAUAUAAGAUCAAUAUGUGCCUGAAUAUUUGGUCUUAUUUUUUGAAAUAGGACUACUUAUUUUAAAUAUAUUUUUAACUAUGAAUUUGUAAAAAAGUGAACAAAAUUUUAAGUUCAUUUGGAACUUGUCUUGUUGAAAAAUGGAAUCAUAUGGUGCCAUUGGAAACUUAUUUUGUAAAUAUGGACUGUACACGCUUAUUAGACAUUAUUUGUCAGUUUUAAUUAUUCUACUAUUUAAUUUUUAGAACAUUACAGAUUCCUUUUAUUCUUGUUAUUGUUACUAAUUAUUUUAGGUGAGCACUAAGAUAUGAUCCAGCUAAUUCGCAAUUGCGAACAUAUUUUUAUUAUAGCUAGAAAGUAUUUUUGUGUGAAUCUAUCGAGUACAUCCCGAAUUCCUCAUAUUUCACUCAAUUAAUUAAAUUGAAAAUGCCAAAAAAAUCGAACAUGAAAUUUUGAUUAAUAUAUUUGGAAUCUUCACUUACAUCCAAUUGAAUAAAUAGUACUCUGAUUCGCAUUGGUUUUUCUCUUAAUUUGACAGAUUAAGUAAUAUGCACAAGAAAAAUUGUCUAAAUUGUUUUAUUUGUUAUUUGUUGAAUUUUGAGGUUGAAGAGAUAUUCAGUUCAAAUGUUGGAAAUUCUUCAUGAAAUUUGUGAAAUUUUAAUUUACAGAUAUAUUUAUAUUUUUUCUUAAUUUAUUUCCCCAUUAUCAAUUUUGAGAUAACACUGAUUGUAUAGCUCAGUGUUAUGAUUUAUUACAAUGUUAAAUUAAUUAAGACUUCAAAAAUGUUCAGUUGUAAAUAAAAAGAUUCAAAUUUUUGAAGACUUGUAUUUUCAGAAUUCUGCAAUCACAGUUUACUUCAUUGUUAUUUAAUGAUAUUUGUUAAUGGAAGAGAGGGGACCAGACAUUUUUUUUGUACAUAGUAUCCAUCUUUAUUUGAAAUAUUUCCAGUGUUCAAGAGGCGGAUUUUUGAACUUAGUUCUGCAUUUCACUACUAGUCUUGAGGAUAAUUGACAAACACCAAAUUAAAUAACACAUCAAAAACAAUCUUAUGUUCACUAGUGGUGUUUGUUUUUGCAUUAAUAAUUAACUUCAAACGUUUAUGGCAAGUUUUAUGUUAAUUAUGUCCUUGUAAAUAAACAAAUUAUUAAUUUACUGUCUAACUUUCAUAUAUAACUGUCCAAGCCAGUAGAGGCCUUAAACAUUAUUUGUACUUUCUGUAGACAUCACAUAAUUUUUAUGAUGUACAUAAAGUAACUGUCUGAAAUAAACCUAGAUGCACAAAUG